GGACAUGGUAAGACGACGGGCUGGGAGGGACGGGAUCUAAGGGGGAAGGACCUUCCCUUGUCUUUUUUUAGUCGUGUUCUAUUGCACUGCUUCUGUGGCUGGCUGCUGCCUACCGUCUGCGUGGCGGUGAGUCAGUUGUCAGCCGGUUCGUCGAGACAAUAAGUGAAUGCUGUUAUGUAGUAGCCUAGUUUUAUUCUCCAUCUUGACCAUGUUGUUCUAAACAAAGGGUUCAACAUGAUGGUACUAUCAGACUUGCCGUGGGUGCGCCCAUCCUCUGCCCAUUCGGAGUACCAGCAGGACGACUACUCAAUGAGAGUGAAUGUUGUGGAGGCAUUGCAGGAAUUCUGGCAGAUGAAGCAGGCACGUGGGGCAGACUUGAGAAAUGGUGCCCUGGUCAUCUAUGAAUCUGUUCCAUCAUCUAGCCCACCAUACAUCUGCUAUGUCACGCUGCCGGGUGGAUCCUGUUUUGGAAGUUUUCAGAAUUGUCCAACAAAGGCAGAGGCUCGACGCAGUGCUGCCAAGAUUGCCCUGAUGAACUCUGUAUUUAAUGAACACCCAUCCAGGCGGAUAUCUGAUGAGUUCAUUGAGAAGGCUGUUUCUGAGGCCAGAGCAUCGUUCAAAGGAGAACUUGAGGAGGCAGACAACCCAAAGACAGGUAUUGGAGCUUUCCGCUUUAUGUUGGAGGCAAACAAGGGGCGCACAAUGUUGGAAUUCCAGGAGCUGAUGACUGUUUUCCAACUGCUGCAUUGGAAUGGUAGCCUCAAGGCCAUGCGGGAACGCCAGUGCUCACGCCAGGAGGUAGUGGCACACUACUCAAACCGUGCACUAGAUGAUGACAUGCGCUCUCAGAUGGCACUGGACUGGAUUGCGCGUGAGCAGGAGAAUGCGGGUGCGCUUGGACGAGAGCUUGGGCAAGCUGAACGGGAGCUGGAGGCUGCACGUUUGGCUGGGCGGGAACUCCGGUUCCCGAAGGAGAAGAAAGAUAUCCUGAUGCUAGCGCACACACAAUUGUCACCCCUGUUAUAUGCAGAAGAAGAUGUUGAGGUGGUGUAUCUCAAGAGGAUGGUAUUUACUGCUGCCAGCUCCAAUGAAGAACCCCUGUCCUCAGAUUAUUAUGAUGAUGAUGACUCACAAUUACAUUACAAGUUCACAGCAUUUGGCAGGUCAGUAUCCCUAAGGUUACGGCCCAACAAGAAUCUAGUUGCACCCAACUUCAAAAUUUACAAACAUAUGGAUGUCAACAGAAUGGAGCCACUACUGCUUCCUGCCAAAAAUUGUCAUUACUUGCAGCAUAAGGAGGGAAUCGUGGCUGCCCUCAGUGACUGCCGCCACCCUAACUCUCUGCAUGGAUUUGUGCUCUUGGACAACUCCACUCUAGAGAUACAACCCAUUGUGACCGAGGCACUUACCAGUACAGAGAGUGGUGCACUACACAUAGUGAGGAGGGUACCAGUCCCCCACGCUGGUGCAGUGCCUGAGCUGUUGCUGCCAGACUCACUUGACAACUUGAAAAUGAUUGAGGCUGAAACUGAGGACCGGUCAACCCGCACAACUAAGAGGACAACACUAGAGUUGGCACUUUUCUUUGAUGCAGCUGGGUACCAACUAUUUAUGCCAUAUUUUGGUGGUGAUGAUGCCAAGCUACGAGACAUGCUGUUGGCCUACAUGAAUGGGGUCCAGGCAUUAUACCAUCAUCCCAGUCUGGGUCAAUCAAUUGACUUGACCUUGGUACGACUGAACCUAAUGUCUCAUCAGCCCAGGGACCUGCCUCACCAUGAUGGGGAACGGGGAAAGUUGUUAGAUUCCUUCUGUGACUACAGUGCACGCAACAAUCCUGGCAGUGAUUCAAAUCCAGACCAUUGGGACAUGGGGCUGUAUGUGUCUGGGCUAGACUUCUUUGCAUACGAGAAUGGACGGAAAAGUGGAGUGACCAUGGGUCUCGCCACAGUAGGGGGCGUCUGUCAGGACAAGUAUGCAUGCGUGAUUGCAGAGCUGGGCACAACCAAUGUGUUUGGAAAACCUUACCCAUCUGCAGGGUUCACAUCUGUGUACAUCCUGGCACAUGAGAUAGGACACAAUCUGGGGAUGCAUCAUGACAGUAGUCAGAAUAACUGCCCAAAGGAUGGCUACAUAAUGUCCCCAUCACGAGGCACCAAUGGUGAGACAGUGUGGUCCACUUGUAGUGCUGAUGUCAUUAGGAAGCUGAGCUGGGCCACCUGUCUGAAUGAUGUCCCUACCAAGACUCAGCCAGAGAUGGAUCAUGAAGCACGGUUUCAGGAUGAACCUGGGCAGAGAUGGGGAGCAAAGCGGCAGUGUGAGGUGCUGCUACGUGACAAGGAUGCCACUCUGCUGAACCCAGACAAAUUGCAGGAAAUCUGCCAAAAUCUCAAGUGCAACACACCACAUCGAUCAGGCUUCUACUUUGCAGGACCUGCACUAGAGGGCACUACAUGUGGCAAAAAUAAAUGGUGCCAAGGUGGAGAAUGUAUGCCAGUGAAGAAGAAGAAACCUCCAGUGAAGGUGGUACCAGGUGGCUGGAGUGAGUGGAAAUUGGGCUCCUGCUCUUCAGGGUGCAUCACUAAGUCACGAAGCUUCCAGCAGAGGCAUCGCACCUGUGAUAAUCCAAAGCCAGUUAACACAGAAGAAGGCUGUGAGGGUUCUAGUUUUGAUGUGGUGCUCUGCAAGGUUGAUAAGAUUUGCAAGAAGCAGAUUUCUGUUGUUGAUUUUGCUGGCCAAUCCUGUGCCAACUUCAGCAAGCUACUUCCAGAAUUGGACCCAAAGGGCUCUGGACUGCAGGCCCCACAUGAGAAUUCUCGCCUAUGGAUGGGUUGUGCCAUCUUCUGUCGACGUAAAGACACAGGAUCAUACUAUACACCACGACUUGACCUCAAUGAUUUGGGCGUGAACCCAUACUUCCCUGAUGGCACAUGGUGUCACAAUGAUGGUACAUCAAACUACUACUGCCUGCAACAUCAUUGCUUGCCCGAGAACUUCUGGCUUGGCAAGAGUCUGCCACAUUUGUUUGGCAGUGAAGAUGUACCACUACCACAGAAUGCACCACCCCACCUUGUUCCACUCUCUGGUGACCUGCUGCGCUACCUCAGUCUUGGCACAGAUGGUCUUCCAUUGCUGACCACACUCAAACCUGGGUCUACAUCCCCACCUGCUGAGGAGGAGUGGACAGACCAUGACUAUGUGGAGCUCCCUUCUCAUUAGAGUGAUGUACACUCUAUGAUGUUGAUGUUGCACUCUUGUUUUGCCUUGUCAUCACAUUUUUUCAAAGUGUUCCAGAUGUCCCAGUUUCAUCCAUAUGCAAAGAUUUUUUUUUUUUUAAUUCUUGGUAAUUCUAGAGUGGCUGCUUGUCACUUGGUUGUUCAUAUUCUUCAGAUAAAUGUAUUCACUCAUAAAGCAGAACAUAAAUAUUUUCUGUUUUGCACUUUAUUCAUUAUCACCAUCUACAGCAGCAGCAGUAGUAUUGUUUAAAGGACAUUUAACAUCACUGUAUUAGGUGCAAAGAUUUUGUAGCACUGAAAGAGUUGAGAAGCUUAUUAUAAAGAGUGAAUUAGAAAGGAGGGAGUAGAAAAUGGUUUUAUUCUACAUUUCCAUGUAUAAUCAAGCCUGUUGUAUGUACCCUUAUUAUACAUAGCUAUAGGGUUUUGAAAUAAAGUCAGAUGAACUCCUGACAGCUUGUUUUGAAUAAUUUAGCCAUUCAGUAAGGUCAGGUCCAUCAUCUGAAAAAGCAUCUUCAUCCUCCUCCAUAUCUAUCUUCUCUAGCCCUCUUGUCCCCACAGUUAAUGGCCCUCAUAUGCUGACUGCAGCCUCUAACAGUGACUGAUAUCAAGCAAGUUUCAUUCAUUUGUCUCACUGUAUGUGGGAGAUACACAAUUUGAAUUUUACAUGGGGCACUGGCUAUUCUUUUUCACUUGGGUUCACUGCGGAUUUCCUCAGUCAUUCUUGGUGAACCUGGCAUAUCAUUUUGAAACAUGCUACAACUGUAUUCUUUCCAAUUUACUGCACAAAAUACCCCCCCACACACACUCACACACAAAAAAAAUCCCAUUCACUAAAAAUAGAAAAUACAGAAAUGAGAUUUUUAGAAAUUUGGCAGGCUAUACAUUAAGAGUUGAAAUUAGAAAUACACUAACUGUUAAUGUACUAAAUGUAUUAAAUUUAAGUCAUAGAUCUGAGAACAGUAGCUCUAAUUGAAACCAUCAUAUUGAAAGAAUGAAUCCAGAACAUAUUCCUAAAUAAUUAAUGGGAUCUAAAGGAUGCCCAAAGUUACAUUGGAAAAUCAAUUUCUUCAAUUUAGAAAAGGAACAGACUGAAAGGUACAAACCUUUAUGCUGAUGAAAUAAUUUUCUCAUUGCAUUUGAUAAUAUAACCUUGCAGAAGCAUUAUUAAAUACCCUGAAAACAAAGAUAUCUGAUGAUGAUCAUCACAAGGGGAUUGUGUGUGUGUGUUAGUACGUAUCUUAUUUGCUUUCCACUACUAGAUAUUUAGAUAUGCUUUUGAAUUUGUCAUGAAGUUCAUUCAUGUUAACAAAGAUGAUCAAAUAUUCCACUCUGUAUGAUAAUUUUCAUCAUCUUCAUUAAGCUGAUCUGUACUGUUACAAAAAUGAAGUAAUAUCAGCAGUCAUGUUAACAAAAGUGCUGAAGAGUAGACCAAAUGAUGUUCAGCAUGUAAUAUCAUAACCACAAAAGAGUUCAUUUCCACAAAUUUUAACCACAGAUGGUGGUGUAUCUAAACCUUAGGCACAUGAAAGAAAUUCAGGAGAAUGAGACUGUUCAAAAUAAAUAGCUUUACCUAUAAGAAUAUUACAAUGUAAAAUUACU